ACUGCACUCCAUCCUGGGCCACAGAGCAAGACUCUGUCUCAAAAAAUAAAAUAAAAUACAGAGUAUGAACAUCUAAGAAUCAAUAAUUCUUUCACAACUCAGCAAUGUAGAAUCCUUCAAAGAAAUAGUCAAUGUUUGCUUUGAGGGUGUGAACUCCAGCAUGAAAAUACUUCAUGGGAAGUGAUAUAGAGGCUUAGAGAAGUGAAAACUUUCAAAAGUAUCAGACAUGUAUGUUUUACAGCUGCACCUGAGAAGGAGAUUGCUUAUGUUCGUGGCCACCAUUAAUUUUUAUAAAGUCCACCUCAAAUACCUUUUUGAAAACAUUCUUUCCAUAGAGGAAUCAAGUCCUAACAUUAAUAUCUCCUACAAGUGGUUUCUAAUUUGCCAGAGGUCCUGGAGAACUUUUUUCACACACACUGUUACCAAUUAUGAUGCCACUUUCAUGUAGGUCUCUCAGCUUGGCUUUUGUCCAGGCUGUUAGGUGAAAUUAGGCCCAGAAAAUCGGAUUAUUACAUCCCAAGGGAAACAACUGAUAAGCAGCAGAUGAUUGUUCAUCUCCUUGCUACUUGCUGGUGUUGAGGUGUUGCUAGUUGCAAAGCCAAUUUGUUAACAAUUAGUGCUCAUUAGAAUCAUUUCCUGUUAUCGAUUCUAAACAUGUGACAAAGCACUUUUAGGAAAUUGGACCCCCAAAAGUAACUAUACCUCAGUGAUGAGCAAUUAAAAAUCUCGAGAUGCAGUGUAAUUCCUAACCAGAGUCAUCAGUUUCCAAGUAAUUAUUUUUGCUUUGGAACCCACCUGCUAUCCUGUCCAGUUUAGAGAUGUGCUGGAACAGGGACAUACUUCUUAAUUAGCAGAGGUUGUGGAUAAGUCAGUGUGGGAACAAAAGGAAUUUUCUUUUAUUAUCUGCUUUAGCUGUUUGUAGCAUAGCUUUAAGGGACAAAAACUGCCAGCUUGCAAUACAACACAUGUAUUUGCAAGAGUGUGAAAUUAAAUGCAUUACUUCUGUUAUCUAAACAUCUAAGCUUAGUUUUUAAGUCUCUGUUCACCUUUGAUCACAAUGAACUCUAAAUAUAGAAUCAUAAAUGGAGUCAUUGUGCAUUACAUUCAAGUUUAAAUAUUGCCAGUAUCAGCUUUCUAAAAUAUUAUAUAUGACCUUAAUAAAAUUAGCAUAAAUACUAUAGGCAUUUGAAAUUUUUCUUAGAAAAGGCAUUGUGUUGAUCUACUUUUUGAAUAUAGAUCUACAUGCGUUAUAUGCUACAAAUAUAUACUCAAUAGAUGGGCCUUCAUUAUCUAAUUAAAAUAUUAAUUAUCUGUACAACUAUCAACUGCUAAUACUUGCCAAAUAUUCUUUAGAAUUAAGAGAAUAUCCCUUAUUUCCUCCUUUGUAAGUAAUGGUCUUUACAUAUGAACUAUUCAGUUAUUUUUGUAGUAUCAGAAUAAAAACUCAAUGAUACCUCUCUGCCUUCUCUUCCUUUUCCAUAUCACCCACUAAAUUUUCCUUUGCUUCUGUAUUUAUUUUAUAAAUGUAAAGAAUUAUCCCUACUCAUUUUCCCCUAGGUUUAAUAAUGCUAAAAAUAUUUCUUCUUGUUGCAGAGCAUGGAGAUGUAAACUAUGUAUAUUUCUGUUUCUGAAUUUCUUAUUCCCAUAUUAAAAGCUUAUAUCAAUGGAGAAAUUAAGUGUAUGUUUUUUUUUAAUGCCCUAUGUGGAACCCCUCUAUCCUUAAUAAACAGAGAUGGUAUUGACACAAAUGAAUUUUGUUUAACCACACUACAUUUGCUUCUUAAUUAGUGAAUAUUCAUCUGUCAUCAGCAGCAGCUAUGACACCCCUCCCUGCUAACAUGUUCUGUCAUAAAUAAUCAAUGAGGCACUAUUAAUAUUCAUGAGCUGGAAUCUGUGUAGUCAUGUGCACUGAUGCAGAGACGGGGGAGUGUUGCCAUGAACUGACUGGAAACUCUGUGUGUGUAUCCGUGAGUACAAGAUACUUAGGGAAAGCGAAGAAGAGCAUGCUGCUACACACCACUCUGGCUUACGCUUCCAGCUAACAGCGGUUUGUCUGUGUUUCUGGACUGAAGUGACUGAUGAAAAACAGUAGUCAAGUCUGGAGGGUGAUUCCCUUUCAGUUCACUUGCCUUUCAGUUCUGGGGAAAUUAGAAGAUUUGCUCUCUCUCUCUGCUUCUUAGAAUGGGCUGCAAUUUGUGCACUUUUCAGAAAAGAGAGGAACACUACAAACUGCUGUAUGAAGUUUCCCAGGUCAAUGGGAAGGAUCUUUCGAAGGCCACCCACGAAGAGGCAGUGGAAGCCUUUCGCAAUGCCAAGGAGCCCAUUGUGGUGCAGGUGUUAAGGCGAACACCUCUUAGUAGACCGGCCUAUGGGAUGGCUCCAGAAGUGCAACUCAUGAAUGCCAGCACUCAGACGGACAUCACCUUCGAACACAUCAUGGCCCUGGCCAAGCUUCGGCCACCUACCCCUCCAGUGCCAGACAUCUGUCCAUUCCUGCUCUCAGACAGCUGCCAUUCUCUGCAUCCAAUAGAGCAUGAAUUUUAUGAGGACAAUGAGUAUAUUUCCAGCUUGCCUGCUGAUGCAGACAGAACAGAAGAUUUUGAAUAUGAGGAAGUCGAGUUGUGUCGUGUUAGCAGUCAAGAGAAGCUGGGCCUGACAGUCUGUUACCGAACAGAUGAUGAAGAAGACACCGGCAUUUAUGUCAGCGAGGUUGACCCAAAUAGCAUUGCUGCCAAAGACGGCCGGAUUCGAGAAGGGGAUCGGAUUUUGCAAAUAAAUGGGGAAGAUGUCCAGAAUCGAGAAGAAGCCGUGGCCUUGCUGUCUAACGAUGAGUGUAAGAGAAUCGUGCUGCUUGUUGCAAGGCCAGAGAUUCAGCUAGAUGAAGGCUGGCUGGAAGAUGAAAGGAAUGAAUUCUUAGAGGAGUUAAACUUGGAGAUGUUGGAAGAAGAGCAUAGUGAAGCAAUGCAGCCCACUGCCAAUGAGGUGGAGCAGCCAAAAAAGCAAGAAGAAGAAGAAGGCACAACAGACACUGCAACAUCCUCAUCCAACAACCAUGAGAAGGACAGUGGAGUAGGACGUACAGAUGAAAGCUUGCGAAAUGAUGAGAGCUCAGAGCAGGAGAAUGCAGCUGAGGACCCCAAUAGCACAUCUUUGAAGAGCCAGAGAGACCUGGGGCAGAGCCAAGACACUCUAGGAAGUGUUGAACUUCAGUACAAUGAGAGCCUCAUGUCUGGUGAAUACAUUGACUCAGACUGCGUUGGCAACCAAGAUGAGGACUGUGAAAGAUUCAGGCAGCUCUUGGAGCUCAAAUGCAAGAUUCGAAAUCAUGGAGAGUAUGACCUGUAUUACUCGAGCAGCACAAUUGAAUGCAAUCAAGGGGAGCAAGAGGGAGUGGAGCAUGAGCUACAGUUGCUUAAUGAAGAGCUGAGAAACAUUGAGCUUGAGUGUCAGAAUAUCAUGCAAGCUCACAGGCUCCAGAAAGUGACAGACCAGUAUGGAGACAUCUGGACAUUGCAUGAUGGAGGAUUCCGGAAUUACAACACCAGCAUAGAUCUGCAAAGGGGAAAGCUGGACGACAUCAUGGAGCAUCCAGAAAAGUCUGACAAGGACAGUUCUAGUGCUUACAACACAGCUGAGAGCUGCAGAAGUACUCCGCUCACCGUAGACCGUUCCCCUGACAGUUCCCUUCCAAGGAUGAUCAACCUCACCAAUAAGAAAAACCUGAGAAGCACAAUGGCAGCCACCCAGUCCUCUUCCGGACAGAGCAGUAAAGAGUCGACCUCUACCAAAGCCAAAACCACUGAGCAAGGCUGUAGCGCUGAAAGCAAGGAGAUUUUGGAAGGCAGCAAGCUUCCUGAUCAAGAGAAGGCAGACAGCGAACACAUCCCUUACCUCUCUCCUUACCACAGCUCCUUAUAUAGAUAUGCAAACAUCCCAGCACACGCCCGGCAUUAUCAAAGCUACAUGCAGUUAAUUCAACAGAAAUCUGCCGUCGAGUAUGCUCAGAGUCAGCUCAGUUUGGUGAGCAUGUGCAAGGAGUCUCAGAAGUGUUCAGAGCCCAAGAUGGAAUGGAAGGUGAAAAUUAGGAGCGACGGGACACGGUACAUCACAAAGAGACCCGUGCGAGACCGCAUCCUGAAGGAACGUGCCUUAAAGAUCAAGGAGGAGCGGAGUGGCAUGACCACAGACGAUGACACCAUGAGCGAGAUGAAAAUGGGGCGCUACUGGAGCAAAGAGGAGAGAAAGCAGCACCUGCUUAGGGCCAAAGAGCAGCGCCGCCGCCGUGAGUUCAUGAUGCGCAGCCGGUUAGAGUGUCUCAAGGAGAGCCCUCAGAGUGGCAGUGAGGGCAAGAAGGAGAUCAAUAUCAUUGAACUGAGUCACAAAAAGAUGAUGAAGAAGAGAAACAAGAAAAUUUUGGACAACUGGAUGACAAUCCAAGAACUGAUGACCCAUGGGGCCAAGUCUCCAGAUGGCACAAGAGUCCAUAAUGCCUUCUUGUCGGUGACCACUGUAUGACCGAAUGAAUGGAAUGCAUGUGACUGAUUUUCAGAGGAUGCUACCAGUUUCGGUAGAGUAUGAUUGCCUCGUUCAAUGUGGCGUUUUUAUAUAUAUUUUGUGACUCUUUAUAGUUUAAAUUUUUUGUAAGCAAGAAAUACCUGGUAAAUUUUCAUUUGUUUUUCAUAUACUGGUACCUUCGUUUUGGCUGAGAUCUUUCUUUUACUUGUGAUAUAUUCAUAUUACUCGUUUAUUAAAAAAAUCAAAAACAAAAGGAAAGAAAACAAAAAAAAACUUGCACAAAAAUACUGAGGAGCCAAUUAAUUUCCUACUUCAAUGUAUCUAAUGUAAGUGAAAAUCUGGAUUUAUUUCUCUAGUUUACUUAUUUUCUACUUUAAUAACAACUUAAUGCCAAAACAUUUCUAUGCUUGUUUCUUGGCAUAAUAUGUUUGAAAUCAAACCUGUCUGUAAUAAAUCAUGUGCCACAUCUUGUCUUACACAUAAAAGCCACUGCUUUUUAACAUCCCAUUGUACAUUUAACAUAUAAAUGGUGUUAACAUCUCAUUGUACAUUUAACACAAAAAUGGCCAUUGUCUUUGUCUCAGUAAAGUGUAGGUGGACAAUCUUCCUGUGAUAUGUAGUGACAUUGGUCAUGUAGCUAGAUAAUGGUGGUAAUUGUGACAAUUAAAGAGAAAUAAAUUAUUGAUUAUCCUUCAGAAAA